UUAGCAGUAGAGGAAGGAGCAGCAGUAACCGACAUCGGCGAUGAACGCCAAACGGAAGACAAGGAGCCACGCGACGAAGGCCAUCUUGUAUCGGCAUCAGUUCGCUCGAAGGACGUUGGUGGGGACACUGAAGGACAUCGAGAAGAAGCGUAGGAUACAGGAAAGGGACAUGGCGCAGAAGGUGGUGCUCUUCCUGGCCGGCGCCACCCAGCGGAGGGAGAUCCGCGCCCGACAGGUAUCCCGACUGGUCUCGAUGUUCAAGGUGGCCGUGACCGAGAGCGACGGAGGAACCGACACCAUGCACACGCCCGUGCAGCAACAGCAACAGCAGCAGCAGCAGCAGCAGCAACAGCAACAACAGCAACAGCAGCCGGACAGGGAGAAGGAAGACGGGAGCACGACGGGGUCGGACCCAUCGGAGAUGUCUUCCGGGUCUUACCAGAGCAGCAGCAACGUUUCGCCCAUCCCCGAAGGCUCCGGCUCGGCCCUGUGGAUAUCGGGGGGCACCCCGAAGCGCCAGAGGGCUCUGUCUGUGGACGUGCCUUCUGAGGCGCCCUUGGACACUCCCAGACGGAGAUCCGCGCCAGAAGUAGUGGUGACCCACGUGACUUUGGUGGACGAUGAUGACGCCGACGAAAGACCCGCAUCCGCCGAGGGGGAAGAAGCAGAGAGGGAGGAAGCAGAUGAGUCCCUCGACAACGGUCAUCAGGACACAGCGGCGGCGGCGGCGGCGGCGUCGGGGGGAAUGGAGGGGGGAACGUCACGCGAACCCUCUCCUGCCUCACCUUCCCCCAGCCAGCAGUACCUCCCCAGGUUCUCACCGACGCCCGACGACGCCGCAACCCACGGGCGGCUCAGCCCGACGCGAAGCCCGUCCCGAAGUAGCAUGAGGAGGCCUUCGGUGUCUAGGGCGAGCAGCAGGAUCUCCAAGAUCUCCGCGACUUCCCUGGCCUUCAGAAGACGAGGGGCGUCCCCUGCGCCCACGCAGCAGACGCAGCAGCAGGAGUCGGUGGCCCUGACGGAGAUCAGCGCGCCCCUGGAGGAUGCCAGGUUCGUGGAUCUCCUCUCCUGCCUCAGUUUAGUCGCUGUUCCGGAGACUUUGACGACUCACCGACUCACCAAAGGGCCGGAGCUCAAGCAAGAUGCCCCUAUCAUCAUGAGGUUCUGAACAGCUCUGAGCUCUUGAAUUUCAUACUCGGGUUUAAGAAGGCGUUACUCAUCUUGAGACAGUAUCUCGGGU